AUGGAAAACAUAAUGUUGUUGACCCUUGAAGAAAUUCGUGAAGCUCAUAGAAGAGUGGAGGAUAACUAUGAAGAGCUCAAUGCCAUUUGCGAACAGCAAAUUCGGCUCUACUACCGCAGUAGAGCCCAGGUGUUGAGGACAUGGAGAGACGAGGUAGAGAAUCAUGUUCCUGUGCCACUAAUUGCUUUAACAAGCCACAAGAAAGAGGAGAUUGCUUUAAGCAACGAUGAUGAUGAGGAGGAGGAGGAGAAAGGUGGGAAGAGUAAUGAAAUGUGUGCAAUAUGCCUUGAUAAAAUAGAGGUGGAGAAUGUGAAGGUGUUGCAGUGCGCUCAUAUGUUUCACUCUCUGUGUAUAGGCAUGUGGGUGACUCACAAAAGUUCAUGUCCAUUAUGUAGACGCACCAUAUAA